CUUUAAUUAACCUCAUCAAAGUUAACCACCUUCCCCUUCCACACCUCUCUCUCUCUCUCUCUCUCUCGCUCGUCGCUUCCUCCUGCAGGCUCCGACCACGAGCACCGCCGCUCCCACUUCCCCGCCCGAAUCCGAUCCCCUCCCCAAAUUCCACGCUGAUGCCGUUCAGAUGGAAGGAUUAAUCUCGGAGCGGCCAUGCCCAUGAGCUUGCCGGGGAGGAAGGCCGCGGCUGGGGCUGCCGGAAUCCGGCGGUGGCUCAUCACCGUCGUCGUGUCGGUGGUGUCGCUGGUGCUGACCCUCGCCGUGAUAUCGCUCUCGGUGGCCUCGUCCCUGCCUCGGACGUCGCUGUACGAUUACCUCCCUGUCCUUGCUAAUGGCCUGGGGAAGCUGCCGUCUUCGGUUCAGCAUGCUGAUGGGGGCAAGAACGAUGCUGCAAUUGAUGCCCCAUUACACGGGGAAGUGUUGCAGGGUGGCCAGGAACCCUUGGUGGAGCAGAAUGGUCAGGGUGGUGACGUGAAUUCUAGCGAACGGUCUGUGCCUACAGGAACAACUGACAGCAAAGCGCCGGAUCCGGUUGCUAUCGGUGAUGCCACGGCGAAAACUGAUGAUGAUUCAGCAAAUGGGUUUCAAAGCGCUGAGCAAGGUACCUGUGAUCUAUACCAUGGGGAAUGGUUUCUUGAUUCUUCUGGGCCACUAUACACAAACAACUCUUGCCCUAUCAUUACACAGAUGCAGAAUUGCCAGGGAAAUGGACGACCGGAUAAGGACUAUGAGAAUUGGAGAUGGAAACCUGAACAGUGCACCCUCCCGCGCUUUGAUGCAUGGAAGUUCUUGGAGUUGAUGAGAGGCAAGACACUUGCUUUUGUUGGGGAUUCAGUUGCUCGGAAUCAGAUGGAGUCCCUCCUUUGCAUUCUGUGGCAGGUAGACGUCCCACAAAACCGUGGCAACAAAAGGAUGCAUAAGUGGCUCUUCAAGUCAACUUCAACAACUAUAGCUCGUGUCUGGUCUUCUUGGUUAGUGCACAGGUCAACUGAAGCGGUGGGGAUUGCUCCUAAGGGUCUUGAUAAGGUUUUUCUGGAUAUCCCUGAUGAGACCUUCAUGGAGUUUCUCCCAAGAUUUGAUGUACUUGUCCUCUCCUCUGGCCACUGGUUUGCCAAACGAUCAGCCUAUAUCCAGAAUGGGAAUGUUGUCGGAGGGCAGCUUUGGUGGCCUCGUCAAGCAGGAAAGAUGCAGAUCAACAACGUUGAUGCUUUUGGUGUCUCUGUUGAGACAUGCCUGACUGCUGUUGCGACCAACCCAAAUUUCACAGGUCUAGCUAUUGUGCGCUCGUGGUCACCAGAUCAUUAUGAAGGUGGAGCAUGGAACACUGGUGGAUCAUGCACUGGAAAGGUCAAGCCAUUGGAUGAGGUGGUGAGGAAUGGUUUUACCGACGUGAUGCAUGGAAAGCAGGUUACAGGCUUCAGGGAGGCAGUGAAGAAUGCAGGGAAACACGGUUCCAGGUUGAAAUUGAUGGACAUAACCGAACCCUUUGCCUUCAGGGCUGAUGGGCAUCCUGGUCCAUAUAGAAGUCCUGACCCAAACAAGAAGACACAAAGAGGGCCAGAUGGAAAGCCUCCACCUCAGGAUUGUCUGCAUUGGUGCAUGCCAGGACCAGUAGAUACAUGGAAUGAGAUGUUGCUAGAGAUUAUACGAAGAGAGUUCGAGAGAGAUAGAAGCUGAAGAAAAAACUUGCUGGCUACUUUGUCACAUAAUACAUUUCUGCCCUGCGAAACAUCUUGGCAUGUAUUACAUAGCAUGUUGUUGUUUUUACCACAGAUAGGAAGGAACAUAGCUUUGGGUACGUAAAAUUCACAAUAUUUUUUUCUGACACAUUCUUGGACAUACCAUUUCUUGCCAAAUUUUGUGGAGCUGAAAACCCAGUAGUGUAAACUGAUAUUAAGUGCUCUGUCUGUGUACUAGUCAGCUUGGUAUAAGAGAAUGAGAAUAUAGCAGGUGAAAAAGAGCUCAUCGUUUACU